AUGAAGUUUAUGAUCGAUGACCUGCCGGUCCUGUUCCCAUACGAGAGGCUGUAUCCAGAGCAAUACUCGUACAUGUGCGACCUGAAGAAGACACUUGAUGCCGGGGGCCACUGUGUACUCGAGAUGCCCUCGGGAACAGGCAAGACGGUCUCGCUGCUCAGUCUGAUUGUCUCGUACAUGCAGUUCUACCCCGAGAAGCGCAAGCUCAUCUACUGCUCGCGUACCGUACCCGAGAUCGAGAAGGCGCUGGCCGAGCUCAAGCGUCUGAUGGAGUAUCGCGAAGAGAUGGGAGUCAAGGAUGAGGGAUUCCGUGGUCUGGGAUUGACCUCGCGCAAGAACAUGUGCUUGAAUCCAGAGGUCAACAAAGAGAAGAAGGGCAAGGUCGUCGACUCGCGGUGUCGUGACCUUACCUCGUCAUAUGCAUGUGAAAGGGGGCGUGCGGAUCCUGGCAGUGUCCCGCUGUGCUCGUGGCAUGAGGAACUCAACAACUAUGAGACGGGCGAACUCAUCCCAGAGGGCGUGUUCACCCUCGAUGACAUCAAGAAGUAUGGCCAGGAGAAGGGCGUCUGCCCCUACUUUACUAUCCGUCGAAUGAUGCCCUACGUCGACGUGAUCAUCUACUCGUUCCACUACCUCCUUGACCCCAAGGUUGCCGAGCAGGUGUCUCAAGAGUUGAGCAAGGAGGCAAUCGUUAUUUUUGACGAGGCGCAUAAUAUUGGUAAGGGUGCCCUAAGCUGGGUCAAGGCCUCGGACGCGCAAAAGUUGACAGACGAGUACGAGAAGCUCGUUUCGGGUCUCCGAGAAGCAAACGACCACAACGAGGAAGACGACUUGUUGGCCAACCCGGUUCUGUCAGACGACAUGAUCCAGGAGGCCAUCCCUGGAAACAUUCGCAAAGCUGAGCAUUUCAUCGCCUUCCUCAAGCGCUUUAUCGAGUAUCUCAAGACUCGUAUGCGCGUCCUUCACGUCGUCGCCGAGACACCACAGUCCUUCCUGGCACAUCUCAAGGAGAUUACCUACAUUGAGAAGCGACCCCUUCAGUUCUGCGCGGAACGACUUACGUCGCUUAUCCGCACCCUCGAGCUCACCAACCUCGAGGAGCACUCGGCUCUGCAGAAGAUUGCCGGCUUUGCUACCCUUGUGGCAACCUACGACAAGGGCUUCUUGCUGAUUCUCGAGCCUUACGAGACUGAGCAUGCCACUGUGCCAAACCCCAUUUUCCACUUCACCUGCCUCGACCCCUCGCUGGCCAUUGCGCCCGUCUUUGAGCGCUUCAGCAGCGUCAUCAUUACAUCCGGUACCAUCUCUCCCCUCGACAUGUACCCCAAGAUCCUCCAGUUCCAGCCUGUCAUCCAGGAGUCAUACCCCAUGACCCUCACGCGCAACGCCUUCUUGCCCAUGGUUAUUACACGCGGCUCCGAUCAAGUGCCCAUCUCGUCUCGCUUCGAGGUCCGUAACGACCCCGCAGUGGUGCGCAACUUUGGCAGUAUUCUCAUCGACCUCGCCCGGACUGUUCCCGACGGUGUUGUCGCCUUCUUCCCGUCUUAUCUCUACAUGGAGUCGAUUGUCAGUGCCUGGUACGACAUGGGUAUCCUAAGCGAGGUGUGGAAGCACAAGCUCCUGUUCGUCGAGACACCAGACGCAAUGGAGACAAGUAUUGCACUCAAGAACUAUCGAGAGGCCUGCAACAACGGUCGUGGCGCCGUCCUGCUUUCCGUCGCACGUGGAAAGGUGUCUGAGGGUAUCGACUUUGACCACAACUAUGGACGUGCAGUCAUCAUGUUCGGUAUCCCGUACCAAUACACUGAAAGUCGUAUCCUCAAGGCGCGCCUCGAGUUCCUUCGCGACAACCACAGGAUCAGGGAGAACGACUACCUGACAUUCGACGCCAUGCGUCACGCCGCCCAGUGUGUCGGUCGUGUCCUUCGUGGAAAGACCGACUGGGGACUCAUGGUGUUUGCCGACAAGCGCUUUGCCCGCCAGGACAAGCGUUCCAAGCUUCCUCGCUGGAUCAACCAGUACAUCACAGACGCGCACUCAAACCUGUCCACUGAUAUGGCCGUGGUGCUCGCCAAGAAGUUUAUCCGCCAGAUCUCCCAGCCGUUCGACCACACCCAGACUGGUAUCUCGCUCUGGACGCUGGAGGACAUUGAGGAGCGCCAGCGCAAGGACCGUGAGGACCUUGAGCGCGCGGCCGAGGAAAUGGACGACGCGUUUGGACCCACCACUGCCAACGGCGCUGCUGGGGGCGCGCGUAUCGACGACGCAGACGUCGAGAUGGACCAUUUCGACAUUGACGACGCGGCGCUCGCGGCUGUUGACUUUCCCGAGGACGUGUAG